AUAUCCCUAAACUUUCAAAUGAACAAAAAAAUGUUUGUAAAAAUCUUUAUAGAAAUUUGAAGUUAUUAUACAGUGGUAGUUCUGAAGAAUCUGAUAAAUAUUGCAACAAUAUAAACAAUUGGUUAUAUUAUGAAACAAAGGAAGAUAAUGUGUCUGAUGAUACUAUUACCCGUAUUUUUGAUGCAUUAAAUGGUACAAUAGAAAAAAAAGAAAUAUCUGUCUGUCCUUAUUACACUUUCAAUAAAGAACUUUUUGAACCAGAAAAUUUAGUAAUGUUAGGUAUAUUUAAUGAUAAUAUUGAAAUAUUAAAGGAAAUUUACAAAGAGAAAAUUGAAUCGGAUGAUUGUAGUUUCAAACGUUAUAUAUCGAAUUGUAUUAAAAUAUAUAAAUCAGCAUGUAAAAAUCUUGAAAAUAAUAGACAACUAAGCACUUCUGAUGAUAAGAAAGAUUGUGAAAAUUUUAAAGAAAAUUAUUCACAACUAACUGAUAUAAAAACAAAAUAUGGGAAUAUACCAACAUUAGAUUCUAAAGAUAUUGAAAAUUUCUUCAGUUGUUCUAUGACUAUUACUACAACAGCAGUAACUGGAAUAAUGGCAGGAAUAUUUUCUCUCUUGGGAUUAACAUAUAAGGUUGGUAUGCCUUUAAUUU